UUUAAAAUGUUGUUAAUAUUGUCUGAUCUUGAAGGUUGGGAACAAGGCGAUAGUUCGAUAAUAUCGAAACACAAAAUUUGUAACCGCUGGAAUAGCAAGUCGUCUCGUCAGUCUCUCUCUCUGCGUCUCUCUGUUUCUGAGUUUGUGUAUUGUGAAGUUGAAGACGAUGAGUGCUCUACCGAGUUCGUUCGUUUCAGUUCGAAAUCCCAAAACCCACUUCUUAGCUGGUUCUUCUUCGAAGCCAAUGUACCAGUGUCUUUUGAAUGUUAGCCCCAGUAAUCUAAAUUCCACUUCAUAUAGAAGGCCUCUUGUUGUCCGAGCAGGUGGGGACAGACCAAGUUCUGCGAGUAUCUUUGUUGGUGGGUUUGUAUUGGGGGGGAUUGUUGUUGGAGCAUUAGGUUGUGUAUAUGCGCCUCAGAUAAGCAAGGCACUAGCUGGAGCCGACAGAAAAGAUUUGAUGAGGAAGCUACCAAAGUUUAUUUAUGAUGAAGAGAAAGCUCUUGAGAAAACCCGUAAAAUACUGGCUGAGAAGAUUGCACAGCUAAACUCCGCCAUAGACGAUGUUUCAGCUCAGCUGCAUGCAGAUGAUGCCCCAAAUGGAGCUGCAGUGGCUUCAGAUGAAGUUGAAGCUUCCAUAUAAUAGAAUGCUUGCAGAGUUUUUGUUUAACUUGGUACAUGUGUUUAGCAGUGGGACAAUAAUGUUUCAAAUCUUCUUCCCGUGUGUUUUUCUUGUUCAUAAAUACGUAGAAAACAGCAGCAAUUGAAAACCAUCAUAGUUGCUGCAACACUAUUUGCUUUAAGACUAUCAAUUACUUCUCACUUGCUCUUUGUGGAUAGCAAGCUUCUCAGUAUUGUACUGGACUGGGCUAUAGUUUUCCACUGGUUCAGCAUGGAUCUUAUGAAAACUACGGCGUUUUAAGUUGUAAUAAAGGAUCUUCCUUCAA